UACUUGAUGUGCUGCAGGUGGAAUACGUGACCAAAUAAACCGAACACGAGCGCGAAGAGGAGCAGUGGGAGGGCGUGGAGAGAGACAGGAGAACAGCAGGCGUAGUUACCGGAAAACACGUCCGUGGUUAAAUACAGCUGUUUAUCAAGUUUUUCACUCAUUUACAACUUGAUCUUCAAGUGUGAGGUGUCUUUUCAAAAGCUGCCGCUCUGUUUUGACACAAAAUUCUGACUGUUGUUCAUUUUCUGCUUCGAUUUCAAAGGUAAGAGCUGUUAUUACGUCUCUUUUACGGUAAUAUUGGCUGCUUUACGUGUUUAAAGGCAAACGUAUUUACUUAUAAUUUUCCACAAUACGGGCAUUUGACAUGUACGUCUUUACUGUUAAUUUACUAUAUUAUUAAAUAGUAUAUUAUAUAACUUUUAUAUUAUGCACUGAAUUUACCAGGCUCCAAGUCAAAACAGGCUUAUUUUAUUAUCAUUGCGGUAAAAUAUUUUUAUAUUAAUAAUAUUAUUGUUGGCGUUAUUAACACACAACUGCGUUUUUAUUUUAAUUUACACAUUUUGCAAGCAACCUGACAAAACUUUGGUUUUCUCUUAAAUAAUAAUCAGUAGUUACCUAACUGUAACCCAAGCCUUACCGCGUCACCUUACCUUAUUAGAGAGAGAUAUAGAUUGUAUUGUAACUCAUUAAGACAAGUUUUGUCAACAUUUAGACUACUUCGAAAUGACAUUUAAAAUGCAUAUUUAUUAAAAUACCCUAACAAGUUUAUUUUCAAGGUUUCACAGAAUGUAAUAGGAUUUUUAAAAAAUCCUAUAAAACUUUAAUUGUAUUAUUUAAAAACUAAAUAAUAUUGAACUUGGGUUCAAUUCAACCACUAAUUUGAAUACAUUCUACACUUUAUUCUUUACUGUAACCAGAGUUUCAGAACUAGGAUUCCUUCUCAUUAGGAACUCAUUUUUGCUAUAUAUUCUCAUGUUAUUUAACCCUAGCAUGAAAUUAAAUUUAACUUGUAACGUAGAAACAAAGGUGUGACAUAAGAGAAAGAAACCAGAAAAGGUUGUAAUGAGUUAACAGAAAUGUGUGCACAGUUUGCACAUACACAAAAACACAUUGCUGUCAUUUGACAUUUGAUAUUAGUGUCCUGUGCCAAGACAGUAAAAAGCUGAGCACAGUCAGCGCUCAGUCACUGCUCAGUGUUUAACUAUCAACAAAUAACCUAAUGUGGAAAUGCUGUCUGUUAAUGUAGGAUUUAUGCUCUCUCUCUCUCUCUCUCUCUCUCUAAUGCUGAGUUAGGACAGGAGGAAAAUACCAGUUCUAAAUCUAGAUUGUGUUGUUACACAUUGGUCUAAUAUUUUACUGUGGCAGUUCCUUUACCCCAUUUCCCACCUGUUAGGUCUUUACUUUGUUUCUAUUUGUUAUUAUAAUUAGAGCAGUUGACUUGAUCAGUCCUCUUACUAAAUAUGUUUGUUUGGAGAUAAUAGCUGGUAAUAACCCGGUCUUUAUACAUCCUGUACUCUGUUAUUCCAGUGGAUUAACGCACUUGUAUUAUGUAACAGUAUUGCUGUUGAAUCUGAGGAUCUCCUGGUGAAGCAGGGGUUACACAACUUAAUUAAAACCUUAAUUACAAUGGAAAUUGAAAAGCUCUCUUUUAAAAAAAUGUGUAUUUCUAAUAAGUUGCACAAAUUUAAAAUAAAGUAACAGUAUCAUAUUUCUUUACAAAUACAGAUACUGCUGAAUAUUUUAAAGGAACUUCUCAACAGUGACAUAACCAUUAUGUAAUUUGCACAGCUGAAAGAAACAAACAUUCCUGAUGAGCAACGUCUUCUGAUUUAAAUACUGUUUCCCUACUUGUCACCUUUGGCCAAGUUCUAUAAUAAUAUCAACGCUAGGAUGUCUCCAUGGCUUGUUUCAGGCUACAUGAGCACAAACUAGGCACAAGGUUAAAAUUGGAUAACCAGUUGUCUUUUAUAUAUGGACCCAUUCCCCCACAUUGGUCCGAAUGUGAUACUCCUAAUCUCUGCUCUCCACAGAUGGAUUCGUGGGGAAAGUUCUCCAAGUGGCUGUCUAACGACUCGAUACCCGUUGCCCUGAGUGAGAGUGAGCAGACUGAAGACGAAGCAGACACUUUCUCAGACAGAGAGGGCCAUGGUGCAGGAGGAGAAUCUCUCUCAGCUGAUGAAUAUGAUGAGUUAUCUUCCUAUUUGGGUCCAACGCCUUUAAGAUUAAAGGGCGACCAGUCUAAAGACUGCAGUGAUGACACAGAGUGUCCGGACUCUGGUCCUCGAGCCACUGCAUUACCGCCAGUAACAUCAGGCGACCGUGUCUUUGCUCAGAAGUGUGCAGAUUUACAUAGGUUUAAUCAACCGCUGCUUGAACUUCUGGAUGGACUGAAGACUGGACGAUUUGACAAAGGUUUAACCAGUCUGCAGCAGAGUGUCGCCAUUGACAGACUGCAGAGGAUUCUUGGAGUUCUACAGAGGCCUCAUAUGGGUGAGAAGUACCUCCAACAUCUACUACAAAUAGAGAUGAUGCUGAAAAUCUGGUUCCCUCACAUAGCGUAUCCGACCUUGGACAACUCUAAAGGCACUAAAAUUCUCCCCCCACACUGGUGUCAGAGUCAGCUUCACAUACCAGUAAAGAAAAGAAAACUGAGCUGUUUGGAGCAGGACCACACCAGCCACCCACUAACCAAGCAUGAGCAACAUCACCAGAAAAACUCCUGUCACCACUGCCAGGUUUCCACUUCAGUUGACACUGUUUCCACCUGUGGGCCAGGGUCACUGAAGAAAAGGAAAACUACAGGGGAGGAAGAAACUGAGUGCAGCUGCAGUGUUGCACAUGUGUUUACGGACAGCCCCGAACCCUUAGGCAGAGCAUCAUCAAGACAAGACAAUCGGAAGCAGACUGAGAUUUCUCCUCCCUCCCACUGUGACAGCCAAGCUACACAAGACAGCUUUGUCUCAUCCAGUGUCACUGGGGCUGCAAGUGAAUCACCAUAGCUGGACUUACAUGACCUUGCUACCACAUGGAGGUGCCAUAACUUGCCAACCAACAGGAGGGCAGAGGACUUGAUUACAUAAGCACAGAACUACGUGCAAAGUCAGUUUAUAAUGGCUGCGUGCCAUUAAACCGGAGGAGGAGGUGGGGAAAUACAGACACUCCUAAACUCCAACUACCCUGUUUACUUUAGAGGUAUUGCACUAACUAUAGUCAUGAGGAACUGUAUGGAGCUGUGCACAAAAAGAAAAUUAGCCUAAAUUUAAUUAUUUUUACAGUAUUGCUUGAGUUUUUAAAUGAAUUUAAAUUCCACAUUUGUAAAGAUACUGGCUUUUAUUCUGUAAGCAUUAUUUUACUUAGCAUACAGAUCCAAAAUUAUUUCUCUAAAAAUACCAAGGUCUAAAGGUAUAGGUAUAGAAAGAACCAUUAUGGAAGAUGGUUGUAAGACACUUUAAAGCCACCCUCCCUCCUGACUUAACUAUAUUUUCGUUUGUUAUACUUUAACUCGUCACAAUGGAAUGAAUGUAAUACUAGAGCAUUAAAAAGACAGUUGACUUGUUGAAGGGUGAAAAUUUAGAAUUUAGAAUGGAGUUUUAUCACUCAAAGUGCGUCAAAUUAAUUACUGAGCAGUAGAUGGUGCCAUUGAACCAAAUCCCGUCUCCAUUUCUAAACCUUUGACAAUAUAAAAGCACCUGGAUUUCUGUUCUGUUCUGUUUUAGCUGUUAUCAUUCAUGUUGAAUGGCAUUUUGUCUGUUAAGCUGUCACCAGUCAGCCUUAAAGGUACAAGAAAUAUGCCGAAGGUAGCAUUAACAUAUUGUAGCAUAUCAGGUUUAAUUAUAUGUAUUAAUAAUUAUUAUUCCAAUGGCAUCUCCUAAAGUUAGCACAUAAUGUUAAGCAUGUGAAGAGAAAAACAGAAUUGUGCAAUGUUAUUUCAAUGCAUUUACAUUUGAAGUUGGGAGUAAAAAUACAAUUUGUUAAAAUGAUAUCGAAAGUCUUAUUGCCAAGUUGUGUUGCUAACAGUUUUUAUUUUAUUUUUAUAUUUUCGUUUGGUUGUUUAUAAGUGUUUUAUAUGAUGUGAGUACCAAUGUUGACUUAAAUAAAUUGUUCACAUAUUGUGAUUUGCAAA